UCAGCAGUAGGCACACUGCACCGUAGAUGAGUAAGUGUACAACCAGUCUUGAUGCCAUUUACGUGGUAGUAAUAAUAAUAGUAGCACAUAGUUUAGUGAAUAUUGCCAAUCGUGGGAAAAUAUUUGGAUCCUCGUCUAAAUCCAACUCUUAUCUGCUAAUUGAUUUAGUCAAAUUAUCCAACAAUGGGUCGACUUUCCGGGAAUCAACGCCGAUGUCGCCGAUUGAUAUCGAUGUUCUGGCUAAAGACAAUAGUAUACUUCUUAGUCGUGGAGAUUUUAUACAUUGCAAACCCUGGGACAUUGAAACCUGACAACAUUCAAAUACUGAGCGGUCUGGCAACAUUAGUAGUGGCUUUUAUGUCAAUUAAGAUAUCGUCGAAAAAAUGCUCCAGAAGUACCUUUGGAUGGGCAAGAGCCGAGGUUCUUGGAGCUUUUGUGAAUGCCGUAUUUCUAGUAGCGCUGUGUUUUUCAAUCACUGUUGACGCUUGUAGACGGUUUUAUCAAGCAUUUCAACCAGGAAAUAUUGAAGAUAGACCUUGUUUAUUUUUCCUACACGGAGUGUCCAGAUUGUUCGUAAAUGUCAUUGGAUUGUUUUUAUUCCGCGCCGGUGCAAAUGCUACAGCUAUAGACUCAAAUGAAAACGCUGAAAGAUUCCAACCACCUAAUCGUGUUCAAGAUCAAAAAAGCGAAUCUCCACAACAAAUGAACAUGAGAGGAGUAUUUCUCCAUUGUUUGGCCGGUACCCUUAAUUCAGUUAAAAUUAUAAUUCCUCUGCUUGUUCACGUUAUGGUUGGCCUAUGGAAGUACAAAGGUUACUUUAAUCUCGUCGACCCAACGCUGAGUUUAUUAGUGGUUAUGAUAAUGCUUCGAUCUGUCUGGCCACUGUUGCGAGAAUCGGCGUUCAUUUUAUUACAAUCGUUUCCUGCGCAUAUUCAAGUAGAUGAAAUUCAAAGUCGACUUUUAAAAACUUUCGACGGUGUUUCAGCGGUACGCGAGUUUCACGUAUGGCAAUUGACCGGCGACAAAAUCAUCGCAUCUGCUCAUAUAUGGUAUAAAAGUUUAUUCGAAUACAUGAAAUUGUCGGAAAAAGUCGAAGAAUUUUUCCAUGAUGAAGGAAUUCAUUCCAUCACCAUACAGUCGGAAUUCGUCGAAUCGUUGAAUGUCACUUUAAAUCGAAGCUCUUCGAAUUCAACGCAACAGUACGUUGAAGAGCCUUCAACAUUAUAAAUCUCUAAUUACGAGAGUGUACAUAUUUCUGGACUAUUUUAAAUAUUAUCUACAAAAUUUGAGGUUCAAUUUUGUUUUCCCUUUUUUCAUUUUGAGCAAUAUGUUAGUGCGAGACAUUAACAAAUGAAUAGAAUUCUAGAAUUUUGUAAUAAAUGAUCUGUUAUUGUA